AUGGGGAACCAAGAAAUGGGUGAAGAAAAUGGAGGCGGGAAGGAUAGAGACAAGUUAAUAAAGAUGUGGAUGAGUUUAAUUCUUUCUGGGUUUCUCUCAUUUCGAGUGUUUAAGACGAAGAAAUCUAUUCUUAUCUUCAGUCGCGUGAGAGACUUUGGAGUAGAUGAAGGUUGGGCUGUCAUCAUGAAUCACCAUGGUGUCGUUUCAGUAACAAAAAGCGAGUCUAGAAAAGAUGUCACAGAUCCAUUUUGCACUACCCUAUUUCCAAUCCAGAAUUCUUUAAGCAGCGAAUCAGAUUGUCAAACUUCAUUGACAAGUGAAUAUUCUUCUCCGCUCCCAUCUCUUUUAAUACGGACAGAAUCUUUCAGUUCUCCAAAUAAAAUGCAAGUUUCUACAGUCCAACAUCAAAAGUAUUGUCUUGAAUCUGGACCAGACAGCCCUCUAUCUCCUGCUUCUCAUGUCCAACACUCUAAGAGCACAUUACAACGCUCCUCUGUGUUCUGUACCAGUUUAUACCUGUCGUCUUCAUCAAGCUCUGAAACUAAUCGACAGCUUGGAAAUUUGCCAUUUCUUCCACAUCCCCCAACAUACAGCCAGUCUGUUUCUGCUGCUGAUUCAACAAAGUCUCCACUGCUUUUUAGUGAGGAUCUAAACAAUCCAUACAAUGAGGAGCAUUCAGAUUAUUUUAUGAAAGACUUUCUUAAUUUGUCUGGAGAUGCUUCUGAGGGUAGAUUUGGUGGUAUGAACUGUGCAAGUGGCAAUUUAGAACUAACAGAGGAAUUGGAUCUACAGUUUUUGUCUGAUGAACUGGAUAUAGCUAUCACAGACCAUGGAGAAAACCCCAAGCUUGAUGAAAUAUAUGGAACUCCUAAAACUUCAUCACAACCAGCCUCGGGAUUUGCAUGCAAUCAGGACUUUCCUUCUGUUGCUCCACUUGUUGAUGCACUUUCAAGUCACCCCUCCCCUGGUUCAUCCACUGCUCACAAGGCAAGAAUGAGAUGGACACCUGAGCUUCAUGAACGCUUUCUAGAGGCUGUCAAAAAUCUUGAUGGGGCUGAAAAGGCUACUCCAAAGGCUGUGUUAAAGCUUAUGAGUGUUGAAGGCUUGACCAUCUAUCACGUGAAAAGCCACUUACAGAAAUACCGACUUGCCAAGCAUUUGCCGGAAAAGAAGGAAGAGAAGAAGGCUUCUUGCUCUGAAGAAAAGAAAGCAGCUUCAAUUAACGUUGAUGGUGAUGGGAAGAAAAUAGGGACAAUUCAAAUCACCGAAGCUCUUCGCAUGCAAAUGGAAGUCCAGAAACAGCUACAUGAACAACUUGAGGUACAAAGAACCCUUCAGUUAAGGAUAGAGGAACAUGCAAGGUACUUGCAGAAGAUAAUAGAGGAACAGAAGAAAGCUGGCAGUAUUUUACUUUCUCCCAAUAGCUUGUCAUCAUUGACCAGUCCACCUAAAGAUUCUGAGCUGCCAACUCCGUCCCCAUCAGCUGUUGCCAAGUCUAAAACUGACUCGUCGUCACCCCUACCUUCAUCAAAGCAUAAAGCCACUGACAGCGAUGAUUUUGAGAAACAAGCAUCCGAGAAAAGGAUCCGUCUUAAAGAAAAUCAAGAAGAGGCUGUAGUUGAAGAUCCUCCGGUACAAUAA